UCUUGAUUGAGAGCUAAGUAAUGUCCUUGAAACCAGUUUGCUUCUCUGUUUGGCUUCCCAAACCUUCUUCUCCGACCACCGGUUCUAGUAUCUCUUACUUUCCUGUCAAAUAUCCACACCAAUACUACUCCUCUAGUUACAGUUCUUCUUCUUCAGCAACUGCUCUGCUGCUGUAUUGUUCGAACAAGUUUGACUCGGUGUUGUUGUCUGAGGAUCACGACGAUUAUGAUGAAGGUGACGAAGCAGAGCAAUCUGGGAAUGUGGGUGCAGAUAUAGAUGUGGAUGUGGAGUUGGAGAUAGAGAAGACAAGGCGGAACUGCCGGAGAAUCCGAUCGGAGAUUAAAAUAGAGGCGCCGCUAGCCACUGUCUGGAAUUUGCUGACGGAUUACGAGAGGCUGGCCGAGUUCAUCCCCGGACUCGCCGUCUGCCGGUUGCUUGAGAAGUCGGAGAACUAUGCUAGGCUUUUUCAGAUUGGAGAGCAGGAUUUGGCGUUUGGGGUGAAAUUCAACGCGAAAGGAGUGGUGGAUUGUUAUGAGAAUGGUCUGGAGAGGAUUAUUGAUGAUGAUGAUGAUUUGGGGGGUGUGACACUGAAGCGUGAUAUUGAGUUCAACAUGGUUGAAGGUGACUUUGAAAUCUUUCGAGGGAAAUGGUCUCUCCAACAGCUCAGCAAUAGUGGGGAAAUAGCAUCUGAUCUCUUAGUAGAUCAGAAAAUGCAGACAGUUACUACUCUUUCGUACUUGGUUGAUGUAAAGCCGAAGAUGUUGUUGCCAGUCCGGCUGGUUGAGGGUAGGCUGUGCAAGGAGAUCAAAAUAAACCUAGCUUGCAUACGAGAAGAAGCACUGAAAAUGACUCGUGGAACUCUUCUUACUCGUUAGUGACGCCCCCCACUGGAAAUUUUUGGUUUUCUGUAAUCUUUCUUCGAUUGAGUUUCACUUGUACAGUCUCCUAUUUCAAAUAAUUAUAUGGUGACUGAAAAUUUAUAAAGAGUUAUCAAUUAAUCUGUAUAUCUAUAUAUUCUGGAAUCUGGAGCCA